AUGACCUUCGAUGUUCAUGGCCCCGACUCUUCAAUGUCUCUCCCUUUUGGCCAAUCACCGGUUUUUCCGAUGUUCUUGUACGAGAACGAGACCUUGGGUACGAGGUUUCCCGGACCGGGAAAGUCACCUGCAAGUCAGCAGUAGACGGCACUCGCCACCCCCCAGAUCUUGGGAUGUGGUGGAAGCGAGGAUGCCCUGGCUAUUGCGUCAAAGUUUCCUGACAUGAGGGAGAGAUCUGAAGUUUCAUUUGUUCUUUCGCGUUCAGCCCAAAGCAUCUUUAUACUUUGGGGAGUUCCUUGCUAGUUUGGAGGUUUGGAUGAUUUGUUGAUUGUGGCGGGAAGUCUUUUUUCCUUUUUCAUUAGUUCGUCCAAGGGGUCGGUAGCGAGGAGUUUGCUUGUGGAGGAGGGGUGGUUUUGAUUGGUAUUUAUCUACAGCACUGGCUGUAUUUCUUUUUUGUUUGUUGUUUGUCACUGGCCCAGCAUCGUUUUUGUUGUUGGCUUACAAUUUGUACGUGGACCAACCGGAUGAGUGAUGCGUCUUUCGACUAUCCUGAGCUUUAAUGCAUAGCAAACAGUUGCAUCUCAGCAGACCGAUUAGACACGUCCAUCUCUGGAAGCAAGAUGUCGAGUGGUCCUUUCUUCUGAUCUUCCUCAGAUGAUCGACGACUCGGUGAUUCUUUUCAACGAGGCUCUUUCGUUCUAUCCCUCAUAUUCUCCCGCUCAGCCGUUCUUGACAUGCUACUGUCUUCAACUCUCACCUCUAUCUUAUCAUCAAGAACAUUCGAGUCUUUCGUCUUCUAUUACCUUCCCCUCUUGAACGCAGGGUGGGGAUGAGUCUCAGUAAGAUCUUACCUUAUCAUUCACUGGCACUUUGAGUCUUUAAGAGAACGGAGUCGUGCAAGUACAAGUAUACACCGAGUCUCCUUUCGAAUCUCUAUCAUCACCUGACUACCUUUCUCGACAAUUCUCCUCUUUCCUUAAUUCCUCUAUAUCUCGUUUUACUAUAAAAUUAGGAAGUUCUCCUCCACCCAUGUUCAUCCAACUCAUCAAUCCUACAAGUCUAAAUCUACUCUACAAUAUCUUUCUCGCAUACAGCGUAUUGAAUUCGAGUAGCUGAGUUGAGUAGUGGCACCUAUUCAACUCAACUCGAGUAGUGAGAAUCGCUAAUCAACUUAACUCACCAAGUACUCGAUUAAAUUAUAAGUUACUCAAGUAGUGUCGGCCCGAUACCCCGAAGCGCCCCUAUCUCGCUAGCCGGACACCGGCCGGUCGGUCCAUAUAUACGGACUUGGCCGGCACGGCCGGGUGCCCCUAUAUUAGGUAUAUACUAUUUAAGUUUUGUAUAAAGGGUCUAGAUAGCUUGCGUCGCCCCCUUUCCUAUAAACGACUUCUUAUAGGUAGGAUAUAACUCUAUAAUAUCACCCCCUAAGCUUAGUAGAUUAUCCGAUUUAUAUUAAGGUAUAUUAGAAAAUAACAAAGGGGGUGAGGGGGGCCGGGCUAUCUAGACCCUUUACUUUAUAGUCACGUUAUAUAUUACUACUCGAGUACUACUCGAAUAAUUAAAUGUACCAAUUAACUUAACUUAACGGAAUCACCUACCUAAUCAUACUCAUUCAACUUAACUCGAGUAGUACUCGAGUAGGGUUAAGUAUCUAACUAGUUUUAUCAAUACGCUACUCGUAUCUACUCUUUCCCUCAUCUUCAUCUUCAUUUUCUUCUUCACCUGCCUAAGAAGAUUUACCCACCCACCCAUCUCCAGGAAUUCCAUUUAGGAUUCGUAUCCCUAAUCGCUUUUCUCCGUAUCUAGUUAAUCUUCUUAUCCUUCCUUCCUUAACAAGGGAGGAAGGGUGGGUGAACGAAGCCUGGAGAUACUUGCGAAAAUCCCUGAUUCCCCAAAGGACUCGAAGAAAGCGUACAAAUCAGCAAGAAAUCAUUAUAUAUACCAUCUCGCACAGAAAUAAAGAUACCUAUACCAGGACGCCAAAGAGCCCUACCCUUCUCUGAUAAUUAUCUGCUACUUACGUCAAGAUGUAGCGUCUGUCGCUCGCGAAAUACCCGCCUGGCUGGGUUCACCUUGGUUCGCUGGGCUCUACUGGCUGUAAUAAUUCAUCGCGAUUAGAACUUUACUACGAAGUAUAAGAUAAGAUAUUUCCGGGUUGGAAGAGAGGAGGAUAUUAAUGAUGAGUCGGUUUGGUUUGCGAGAUGGCUUUUUAUUACGAAUGUGGGGAUGAAGGUAUCUGGUCUGAGUAUCGAUUGAUAGGGUUAAGCUAGAAGCUACUAGAGAUGUCCCUUUAGCAAGGCUUGGACGAGGGGUUUGGGGGUAGUGGGUGGGGAUGAGGUGCGCUUUUUGGGGGGUAGGAGUGGAGAGUGUAGAGUGGGAAACGGAAGGAUGGGGGGAUAUGUGGGGUAAGGCUCUUUUAUAGGGGUGUUUUUUGGUGGAUUCUUGGGGGAUGUUAGGAGGAUAGAAGAUAGGAGAUCAAAGGGAAGGUAGGGAGAAGGGUCUUUUUUUAGAGGUUUGCUAGAAGUAUAUAUAUAGAGAAAGAGAGAAAGUAGGCAAGUAAGCUAAAUAAAGUCUUUUUUUAAUUCUUUUAAGUAGUUUAUUCGUAUGGAGUAUUAAUUGUUAGAAAUAGUAAAUCGGUUAGCUAUAUAUUACUAGCCAGCUCCCCUCCAUUCCCGCUAACGUGGUCCACGCCUCGACAUAAGUAGCCAGGCCAACAUAGCAUUUCGUAAUAACGAUUGUUUCUUUCCAGAAUCCCGAUAACAGUCAUCACUGAUUUAGUACUAUAUAGUACGUCUACCUCCUAUCUCCAACCCCUCACACCAUAACGUCAUACACAUCCCUAUCCCACCCAUCUACUCGUACAAAUCCACACCUCCCCUCUAGUAUCUAAUGAGCGGAUUCGUAGUACAGUUACAAGAUACCAACUCCCCAAUACACACCACAUCGUUAAUAAACUAGAUGGAGUAAAAAGAACGUAUUAGUAACCACGGUUUUGAAAUACGAGGAGGUGUAAAGACGAUGGUAGUGGGAAAAGGGGGUAAACAUACAAAUUUACUCCCUGGACAAUCGUUCAUGCAGAGGCCGCGCCCGCAGUCCUUUGUUUGAGCGGUGUUGAGGCUGGCGAGUGUGAGGGUUAGGAGGGUGGUGAGGGUUUUCAUUGUUGAUGACGGUUUUUGAUUUCUACCAAAGGGUUCUUUUUGGUGAGGAAUGGGGGUUUGGAUAUGCGAUUGUGCCUGUAGGAACGGCAGAAAUGGAUUGGAGGACGUUACUGUACUUGACUACCUUUUUAACGAAAUUAGCAUUUCCUUUUGCGAGAGAGAGGCGAAGUCGCACCGCCUUCAUGUAAAGUGCUGCCAAGAAUAGAAAAUUGAGUGGUUUGACACCCACUCCUAGGAUGAUACUUGUACUUACUGCGUAGUCUGGAUGGGAUGAAGUAUGUUUUGCUGUGUUUGGAUUUUGGACUGAGGCCGCGACCAAAGGUUUUGCAGGGUUCAUGGUGCGGUGGAAAUAGAUGUGUGUAUGUUUUGCAGGUACGAAGACUGAGGUACGUGGAGGUCUGGCAGGAGGACUUGAGGACACUGAACUUGUGUUAAUAGGAAUUAUGGGGGGUUUUUUCCUGAUUCUGAGGAGAAGAGGUUUGCUGCUGUGGUGGAGUGUGGGUAUUUGGAGAUAGAAGGGAGGGGGUUUGUCUAUGGGAAGUUGUUCAUGGCGGAUUUUGUUAUUGAUUCUGGUCCUAGUAUAAGGUGCUGGGCGUGUGCUUUUAAGAACGGAAUUGCUCGUCAACGAAGAGGACAUACUGACAUUGUUUUUUUCUUUAGGAAAGUCAAAGAUUCAUUUGAAUGGUCUGCUGUCGUCAAUAUAACACCCCUCGAGAGUAACGUGAAUUGGAAAGAUAGGAACUCUUCUGGCUCUGCCAUCUAUACCUCAAACCCUCAUGAUACUAUACAUUGUACACAUUGAAUCUGACAAUGUCGAAGGCAAAAAUAUACCUCUGAUAAGGAAAACGCUAUGGAACUAAGUCUAUGGCCUUUAGAUAUAGGUCGUAGAGAGUUGGGAGAUUCGAGAGUAGGGAGAUUCGAGAGUAUGUAAAGAAUUGACGACUUGCGCUAGCAAGUUGGCUUUCCUUGACGAAGCGCUGUGAUAUAUACACCCAUAACAUUUCUCUUUUCCCCCAUGACCUUAGUAUCCCAGUGUCUUUCUCAGUGGAACAAACUAGCCUACUUUACUUAUUCGACAGCCGUUGAACAGGCUGACGUCUUUGCUGUCUUCCUGAGAAUAAAGCGAGUUACACACUAUUACCCGUCUGCGUAUUGAGUCUAAGCUUCCUAUGUAUCAUCGCGCAACGCUUGGCUAUCGAAUUUUGUAUCGCCACGCUUUAAGCAUUAACAGCAGAUGUAAGUGGUGUUUAUUCAGCCCAAGACGAAGCAUGUUCACUCGAGCAUACAUCCCAAAUAAGGAGCCCACAAUGAACUUUGAAGAAGAGAAAGAUGACAUCAUAUUCAAAAAUAGUAUAUCCUCUUAUCCCGCUCGCCUAUCCAAUCUUCCCCUGAAUACCCGCUGAGUCCUUUACUACCGUUACACAGCGCCAGUUGUGUCUCCGCACCUUCCUCAUAUGGGGUAGAAUAAUCAGCCCGCGGCUUUACGAAAUCGUUGAAACACGUGAGGGAUUCUCUCUCUUGGUGCCUUGCUUGCGAGUCAAUUUUCGCAGCUAGAUAGAAGGAAAGAUGAUGUCAAACUUGUACCGCCGCUGGAUGGGACAUUUUUGGUCUCCUUUCUGCCACUUGUGCCAGGAGGAUUUCUUGGUUUCGAGCCACUGUGAUAUGCUGGGUAAUGAUCUGUAAGUAUUAUAUAAGAUUACCUUCGCGGCGUUCAAAAACGGCAUUUCAGAGACCGAGAGCCUGUUUACAAGGAUUUCAAUCGGUCAGGACUGUUUUUAAUCCAAAUGGUGUAGGAGUAUUACUCGAAAUAGGGCGGAGAUGCUCGGAACGGGAGGUCGGAUGUUUGUACGCCUCGAGAUGUUGUGUAUUGUCGGGAUUUGAAUUAGCGAGAGGCGGAAAGGGGAGAGGCGAUUGUAGAUGAUGUGAAUUGAGUUUUUUCUUGGUUCUAGAUAGUUGUGGUACACAUGAUGAAGAAACUUUUGUGGACACAUGAUGGGGAAUGUGAAUAUAAGUAUGGAAGAAUGGAAGGAUAGAAUGGAGAGCAAAGGUUCAAGUACAAAUAUACCUAUCAAAAUCAUACUACCAAAACAUCAAUAAGCGACAACAUCUUUACAUACCUUCGGCGAUGAAUACUACCACCACGACGACAGGACAACAAACCACCUCAACAAACACAACACCUAUCUCCAUCACCGCCACUCUUUCCCUCUCUUCCCCCACCUCCCCAGCCAAAGACCAAAACUAACCCCUCUCCCACUGGAUCCUCGCCCGUCACUCCACACGGAAAUUUCUCAAAUCCCCCAUCCCACCACUAAACCUCAUCCGCACCUCCCUCCAACUCGCCCAACACAGCCCCUCCAACUCCAACAUCCAGCCCUGGCGUCUAACCAUCGUCCACGGCAAGGCCCUAAGCCGUUUAACCACCGCCCUAGUAUCUGCCGCCUACAAAGAAACCCCCAAAAUCCCCCCUCUACCCAAGAAAUUCGCACACUACCGCAGCAACCCCGGUGCGCUAGUCUACGGGGCCCCCGGCUACAGUCUCGCCCACGAUGACCUCGAGGGACGGAAGAGAGCGGUGUUGAAGAAUUACGAGUUCUUCGAUGCGCCUAUCGGCAUCGUGGUUUGUAUGGAUAGGAGUCUAGGGACGGCGGAUAGUCUGAGUGUGGGGAUGUUUUUGCAGAGUUUUUUGUUGGCGCUGGCGGAGAGGGGGGUGCAGAGUUGUGUGGAGGGUAGUAUUGCUGGGUAUCCUGAGAUUGUGAGACGGGAAUUGGGGAUUGGUGAGGAGAUGGAGGUUAUUUGUGGGGUGGCGGUUGGGUGGGAGGAUGAGGGGUUUAGGGGGAAUGAUUUGAGGACUAGGAGGGAGGAGGUUGAUUUUACGACUAGGUGGGUGAGUGAGUGA